GCUGCUGCUGCUUGCGAUGUCAUUGCCGGGAAUUAUUUUCUUGCUCUCUCACGCCUCUGUUUAACGCGACCUCCCUCGUCCGUAGACACCAUCAUCUACAAUCAUGGCUUUGUCCUCGCGAACUGCCACCAGAGCGCUGCGGGCCUCCAAGCUCUCGCAAACUGUGCCGUUGGCCUACAAUGCCUCCCGUAGCUAUGCCACCGCCGAGCCCGACCUCAAAGAGACGCUGCGCAAUGCCAUUCCCGAGAAGCGUGAAUUGCUGAAGAAGGUCAAGGCCAAUGCUUCGAAAACAAUUGGAGAGGUCAAGAUUGAGAACACCAUUGGCGGCAUGCGUGGCCUGAAGGCUAUGGUCUGGGAAGGCUCUGUGCUGGACGCCAACGAGGGCAUCCGCUUCCACGGCAAGACCAUCAAGGACUGCCAGCAGGAGCUGCCUAAGGGCACUUCUGGCACCGAGAUGUUGCCCGAGGCCAUGUUCUGGUUGCUGCUCACCGGCCAAGUGCCCAGCACCAACCAAGUGCGUGCUUUCAGCAAGGAGCUCGCUGAGAAGGCACAACUGCCCGCUUUCGUCAACAAGAUGCUCGACGACUUCCCCAAGGACCUGCACCCUAUGACCCAAUUUGCCUGCGCCGUCUCUGCCAUGCAAUACGAGUCCGUCUUUGCAAAGGCCUACGAGCGUGGUAUUAACAAGGCCGACUACUGGGAGCCUACUUUUGAUGAUUGCAUCAACUUGCUCGCCAAGCUGCCUACCGUUGCGGCCAAGAUUCACCAGAACGCCUACUGCGGUGGUGGUGCUCUGCCGGCUGAGGUCGACCUCAACCAGGAUUGGUCUUACAACUUCGCUGCUAUGUUGGGCAAGGGCGGUUCCGAGAACGAGAACUUCCAGGAUCUCCUCCGCCUGUACUUGGCUCUCCAUGGUGACCACGAAGGUGGUAACGUGUCCGCCCACACCACUCACCUGGUCGGUUCCGCUCUCUCUGACCCAUAUCUUGCCUACUCUGCCGGUCUGCAAGGUCUGGCUGGACCAUUGCACGGUCUUGCAGCCCAAGAAGUCUUGCGAUGGAUCCUCCAGAUGAAGGACCACAUCGGUACCAAAUUUACAGAUCAAGAUGUCAAGGACUACCUCUGGUCCACACUGAAGUCGGGCCGUGUCGUGCCAGGCUACGGUCACGCUGUUCUCCGCAAGCCAGAUCCUCGCUUUGAGGCUCUCAUGGACUUUGCUUCGUCCCGCAAAGAGAUCGCCGAAGACCCAGUCUUCCAACUGGUGAAGAAGAACAGUGAAAUCGCCCCAGGCAUCCUCACUGAGCACGGCAAAACCAAGAAUCCUUUCCCCAAUGUUGACAGCAGUUCUGGUGUGCUCUUCCACCACUACGGUUUCCACAACACGCUCUACUACACUGCCACUUUCGGUGUCAGCAGAGGUCUCGGCCCAUUGGCACAGCUGAUCUGGGAUAGAGCUCUCGGACUGCCAAUUGAGCGACCAAAGUCGAUUGAUCUCAAAGGACUGCUCAAGCUAGCUGAGGCCUAAGAAUGUCAGAUGGACACGCAUGAACAACUGUUUGAUGUAUAACGAUAGAAUGAAUGCCAAAAAUUCCAGCCAUGAUGAGCACCUGAAUUGUGCGCCUGCUUCUCUGACCCUCCGUUCUGCAUGCGUUUGCUCAUGAUUUCAUUACCCGUGACCGAUCGUACAACAAGAGCCUGUAAUCACAACUCCCCCAUUCGCAAGUCGACACUGCCGCUGACAGUCGUGAAUUUCAACCUGCCCUUGCCAUUGCCCUUUCGAGCUUGAAUGUGUUUGCCCCAUGGCCAGGAGCCAGCGCCAUCCAGCGCGCUGGAGAAUUCCACGU